CACACCUGUCAUGACAUUCAGACACUUUCAGCUGUAUUUAAAAGUGUUAGCUUAAUGUAGACAUAACUUAAAUCCAGAUAUUUAGUUAAUGUGUAAUAUUGCCAGCAUUUGGAAGUCUUCAUACUUUCAGAUGAAGAGGAAAUGCCUGCUUUAACCUCUGCAUCGCUCUGCUGCACUUUAAUCUCUGUCUGCUUCCUGUUUAUCUCUGCAGACCAGAUAAACAUCAAAGCAGUGCCUGGACAGACGGUCACUCUGCCAUGUCAAGCUCCAAAACACACACAUAUCAUAGUUGUAAAGUGGAGCAGAUGUGACCUUGAUACAGAAUAUGUCCUUUUGUACCGGGAUGAGCAGUUUGAUCCAGAAAACCAGCAUCCAUCUUUUAAGAACCGGGUGGAUCUGCAGGACAGACAGAUGAAGGAUGGAGACGUGUCUUUGAUUCUGAAGGAUGUGAUGAUUAAUGACACUGGAACAUAUAAGUGUCAUGUUGUCCAGACAAAAACUAACCAGGGGAAGAGAGUCUAUCUAAAGACUGAUCCCAUCAUCAUCAACCUGAGUGUUGUUCUUCCAGACCAGAAAGUCGACAACAUCACAGCUGAGUCUGGACAGAACAUCGUUCUUCCAUGCAGAGCUCCAAACACCCUCCUCAUACCAGCUGUAGAGUGGAGCAGACAUGAUCUGGAGACACAGUCUGUCCUUUUGUAUUGGAAGAAAGAGAUAGUUACAUAUUUACAGCAUCUAUCUUUUAAGAACCGGGUGGAUCUGCAGGACAGACAGAUGAAGGAUGGAGACGUGUCUUUGAUUCUGAACAAUGUGACGAUUAAUGAUACUGGAACAUACGAGUGUCGUAUCUUCACGAACGAAAGACGCUCUUGGAAAUCCAGCAGCAUCAUCAGCCUCAGAGUUGUUCCUCCAGGUCAGACAGGAGGACACACAGAGGAUGGAUCUGUUGGACUGAUUGUUGGUCUGAUAGUUUUUGCUGUGCUUCUUGUUGAAAUUGUUGUUGGAAUUUUGAUCUACAGAAAAAAUAAACAGAAGACAAACUAAAAAAAAUCAAAAGGCUAUUACAUAAAAUAAUCAUGUUUGUUCAUAAAUAAUUGUAUGUAUCAUGUUCAUAACAACAAUUUUGAAAAUGUAAAUAAAAAAAUAUUAUAUUUAUUAGUCAUGUAAAUACCAUUCACCUAUAAUAGACGUCCAAAUGACGUCUAAAAAAAUUAGCCAAUGCAAAGUUCAAAUGUUGAACGUCAUACUGAUGUCCAGGUUGGGUCAUGGUUGGACGUGCUAAUUUUGGACGAAGUUCAGAGAUCGUAUAGAUGUCCAGACUUGGUCAUGGACCAACACACCCAAUAUAGACAUGAUCUCCACACUUAUCUGAUGUCCAGUGUUUAGUGGGAACUGUUAUACAUCUGUUAUAUACGGUUAUACUACUUAAGUGCUGAAAGCAAAGUAAAAUCUUAAACGCCAACUUCAGAUAAAAAACAGCAGCAACAUCCUUCAGUGACCAAACUUCACAGAAAAGCUUCAGCACAGGGUGCUUGUAAGAGAAUGUUUUCUGAUAGGAGCUCAAACAGGAAUGGUUCCUUGUUUUUCAGAUUUGUUUUUCUUUUAAUGAUUACGCACUCAGAUUUCAGAUUUUUCACUUCUGCUUAAACAAAACAAAGGAAUCUGUAAUAAGAUGUUAAUAACAUUUUAUUAUGUUUCAUGAAAUUAUAUUACCAAUGAA